AUGUCUAUGUGCAAAGACGUCACACAAAACGUGAUAUCAAAUGUCAUUUAUAACUCUGAGCUACACAAGUGGACGCCAGAGAUGGUCGUCCUAUUCGAGUCGCCACCCACUGGGCCUGGUAGAGGACUCAAACACAAGCGCGAGGUCAUCAUGCGUGAGCCAGCGUGGUUCAUCUGGAGCGAGCAAAUGUGCGAGCAGUUCAAACUGCUCAACCUGCUCAGCUUAAACUUUAAUGACCCGGAAGACAAGGCGCAAAUGUAUACCUAUCACGGCGAAAACUCGUACGAAGCCAAAGCUUUACGACAUAUACGCAAGGAAGACGAGACAAGAGCUACAGCCGGAAGGAGAGGACGACGCAGUGGACGACUUCUCAACCUCCACGCAAACGCCGCUGCCGCGGGGAUCCAUCGCGACCUCAUUAUAUUAUUUCCGUACACAAAUAUACUUCCAAACGAGGAAGAUGCCGAAUAUUGGAGAUAUUUGUGGAGCUUCUUCAUCAAAUCCCAAGCCUACUUUGACCGCGUGGCGAGCUUUAUUCCCGCAGACGUGAUCAAGACACUGCCGCCGCUUCUUGAACCGACGACCUGCACCUGUGCAUGGGAGACAUUUCGACAACGAGCGGCCAAGAUUGAUGCUUUGGGCAGGGUUAUUGAUCCGCAUUCAAAACGAGAUCCUUUGAAGAUGAAAGUCUUCCUGUGGAUGAAAAUGAGCCGGAGGAAACCCAAACAUAUACCAAGGAAGAGCUUGCGCCAAUCGCAGCCCGAGCAAACCGACGAACAUGCGCAAUGCGAGGCUCAAACAACGGACGGGGUGCCUCCAGCUAUCACUGUGACUAAUGAAAGCGAUGCGAACAUUGGAAAACAUCUUGCGGCCUUGAACCUCGUACAAGAGGUGGACCAAGUCACAUCUACCUCGUCAUCUCCCACCAAACCGGCCGCUUCACCAAGGAAGAAGAAGACAAACCAAAAACCAAUACCCAUUGCGAAGCCAGAGUCUGAAUGGCGCGCGUCUGAUGUUCCAAGGGGUCUCGACGUGACAAAAGGAAACGCCCAGAAACUGUUCCAUGUCACCGCUCGCGACAUUGAUGCAUCUGGGAUCCAGUUUCGCACAGAGAAGCGAUCCCGUGGUCUUGCAGGUAUCAUGCAUCUUUACCAGAUGCGAGACGUUGAACGAGUGGCGUGGGCAAAGCACGGUAGUCCUGAGGGAUACGAUACCUAG